UCUCCUUGUAGUCUAGCGGGGUCUGGAUCCUUCCCGUCCUGUUCCAGGCCGUCUCUGUGUCUUCCAAAGAGGCUCGGAACUUGACCCCUUCUCUUCACAUCCGGAUCCGGGCUCCUCCCCCAGGACCGCCCAUCCGGCUUUCUCUCGGAAUAUUUGGAAUCUGAACCUUUCUAAUUCUGACCCGUAAUAACUCACUGAGACCCUAAAACCAUGGGCUGACGCCUUCUCCUUUUCCAGCGAUCCCUGCCACCUCCCCCUACGGUAACGGAGACAUAAUUUCUCUCCUGGAGUUAUAGAUUAGGCUUCUUUCCUCUCCCAGCGUCUCAGCCUCCAGUACCCCAAUUCGUCCUCGUUUGUAAUUACGUAGGUCUGGGGCUUUCAGCCUCAAGGCACCUCGGAAACAAGCCCUCGCUUUCCUCCUUACAGCCUGGCUUCUCCAGUGACCCCUUUCUUUACCCUAAAUCUGCACAUCCCCCGCCUGGGAAAAGAUGGCCCCACAACCCCUAUGGGGCCUGGUCCCAUCUCUGCUCUGGGGCCUGAGCCUGUUUCUGAGCCUCCCGGGAUCUGUCUGGCUCCAGCCCUCUCCACCUCCCCACUCUUCUCCCCGAGCUGAGCCCCAUCCAUGUCAUACCUGCCGAGCACUGGUGGACAGCUUCAACAAGGGCCUAGAGAGAACCAUCCGGGACAACUUUGGUGGUGGAAACACUGCCUGGGAGGAAGAGAAGUUGUCCAAAUACAAAGACAGCGAAACCCGCCUGGUGGAGGUGCUGGAGGACGUGUGCAGCAAGUCAGACUUCGAGUGCCAUCGCCUGCUGGAGCUCAGCGAGGAGCUGGUGGAAGCCUGGUGGUUUCACAAGCAGCAAGAAGCUCCAGACCUCUUCCAGUGGCUCUGUUCGGAUUCCCUGAAGCUCUGCUGCCCCUCUGGCACUUUUGGGCCCUCCUGCCUGCCAUGUCCUGGGGGCACAGAGAGGCCCUGCGGUGGCUACGGGCAGUGUGAAGGGGAAGGGACUCGAGGGGGCAGCGGGCACUGUGACUGUCAAGUCGGCUAUGGGGGCGAGGCCUGUGGCCAGUGUGGCCUUGGCUACUUUGAGGCGGAGCGCAACAGCAGCCAUCUGGUAUGUUCGGCAUGUUUUGGUCCCUGUGCCCGCUGCACAGGACCUGAGGAAUCCCACUGUCUGCAGUGCAAGAAAGGCUGGGCCCUGCAUCAUCUCAAGUGUGUAGACAUCGACGAGUGUGGCACAGAGGAAGCCACCUGUGGAGCCAACCAGUUCUGCGUGAACACAGAAGGCUCCUAUGAGUGUCGAGAUUGUGCAAAGGCCUGCCUGGGUUGUAUGGGAGCAGGGCCAGGCCGCUGCAAAAAAUGCAGCCGUGGCUACCAGCAGGUGGGCUCCAAGUGCCUAGAUGUGGAUGAGUGUGAAACGGUGGUAUGUCCAGGAGAGAACGAGCAGUGUGAGAACACGGACGGCAGCUACCGCUGUGUCUGUGCUGAGGGCUACAGGCAGGAGGAAGGUGUCUGCUUGAAGGAGCAGAUUCCAGAGCCGGCGGGCUUCUUUGCGGAGAUGACGGAGGAUGAGCUGGUGGUCCUGCAGCAGAUGUUCUUUGGUGUCAUCAUCUGCGCUCUGGCCACGCUCGCUGCUAAGGGUGACCUGGUGUUCACUGCCAUCUUCAUUGGAGCCGUGGCAGCCAUGACUGGGUACUGGCUGUCAGAGCGAAGUGACCGUGUGCUGGAGGGCUUCAUCAAGGGCAGAUAAUCUCUCCUCCCACCCAGGAUACCCCCAGAGGUCAUAGCUCUCUCUCUCCUGCUGGACACCUGGGACACUAUGGUUUCUCUUUGAGAUUGGGGUAAACACCCUUACUGAGCAGCCCAGGACCCCAGUAGCCCCGGGGAUUAAAAAGAAGCCCUGAAGUUGAUGCCAUGAGAACCUUGCCUAGGAGACUGGCAGGCAUUACAGUGUGUGAAUUUCAAAAGACAGUUUCUCCUUAGGGAGGUUGUAGGUUCUGACCCCUCCCGCCCAGGAUGAGAGGUGUCCCCUUAGGGGUGGGGCCACCGUAGCCCUCCUCCCAGGUGCAUGCUGCCAGCUCCUGUUGUGAUUGACCCCCCACAGCCCAGCCAUCGACUUAUUUAUUCAUCUCAGGAAAUAAAGGAAAGGUCUUGAAAACUG